AUGCAGCCUCCUGCCCCAUUCCCAGAGGAGCAGGUGAAAUGCAGAUCAGGCGUUCUCCCUAAGUCCUCCUCCCUUGGGGACAAGGCUGUGACUCCCACGUUAGAGAAAUUCAGGUGCAUGCUUGGGCUGGGCUGCGAAGAUGAGCGCUCUCGGGAAGGAGACAGCUCUUCCCAGGCCUGCCGAUGGGGGCGGAGCGGGCGGGGGCCUGGGUGCAGGCAGACGCCCCCAGGGGGGCGGGGCCUCGGGGGCCGGCGUUCCAGAAGGCGCCGUGGCCCCGCCCAGCGCGUCGGCCGGACGCCUGGCGGCCUGCGGACAGCAGAGGGCAGCAUAGUGGUGUGCCUACUGCCUGCCGGCCGCCGGAAGGGGCGGGCCUUGGCGCGCCCCAGCCCUCGCCUAUUUCCUUGGCUCACCGGAAGCUGCGCGCCCUUUCCUCGGCUCGUAGCAGCUGUGGCUCGUGGACCUAAGAAGCAUCUGAAGCGCGUCGCCGCCCCCAAGCACUGGAUGCUGGACAAGCUGACCGGCGUCUUUGCUCCCAGACCAUCCACAGGCCCCCACAAGCUGAGAGAGUGCCUCCCACUCAUCAUCUUCCUCCGCAACCGGCUCAGGUAUGCCCUGACAGGGGAUGAGGUUAAGAAGAUCUGCAUGCAGCAGUUUAUUAAGAUUGGCAAGAUCACGGACACGACCUACGCUGUCGGCUUCAUGGAUGUCAUCAGCAUCGAAAAGACUGGCGAAUAUUUCCGUCUGGUGUAUGACACCAAGGGCCGCUUUGCUGUUCUUCGAAUCACAGCUGAGGAGGCAAAGUAUAAGCUGUGCAAAGUGAGGAAGACCUUUGUGGGCACCAAGGCCAUUCCUCACCUGGUGACCCACGAUGCCCGCACCAUCCACUAUCCAGAUCGGCUUAUCACAGAUUUCAUGAAGUUUGAUACUGGCAUGUGCCCACAUGUGUUGGAGCUUAUCGCCCAGCUCUUUGGGGCCAACCUUGCCGAGGCCAACUCUUGGGCUUCCUGUUGGAUCCUCUGGUGUCAACAAAUGUGCCAUGCUCCCCACCUUUGGAACAUCUUUCUUUGCGUUUCUCACCUGGGCCCCUCUCCUAGAGUCUUCCGCUGCUGUCCUACGGAAGAGAAGCCUUUCCUGGUACCAGGUGGCGGUGCUUUCCACCUGCCAGGCCUCAUCCUGAAGAUCUGGCCUCAAGUUCUGCUCUGCAAACAGAAUGGGAACAAGCAUUUAAGUACUGGCCCUACUGUGUGCCAGGUGAAUUGGAUUGAAAGGAGGCUGAGCUGUACAAAGUAGGCAGCAUCUCUUCCUGAGUCACUGGAAGUCCAGUGGCAUGACAGAAGUCAGGAGGACUGCUGAUGGCCCCCAAUGCAGGGAGUGACCUUGGCAUCUUUGAUGUCAGACCCAGGUCUAAGGGCUCCACAGUGCCUGCUUCAGCCACCUUCACGGCCUUUGGUGAAAGAGCCAUA